AUGAAUUCUUACUUCACAUUAAACAACGGUCAUAAAAUCCCUAAACUUGGACUUGGAACAUGGAUGUCAGCAAAUGGAGAAGUUGCAAAAGCAGUUGAGAUUGCUAUUAAGAAUGGAUACCGACAUAUUGAUUGUGCAAAGAUAUAUGGAAAUGAGAAAGAAGUUGGAGAUGGGAUUAAGAGUGCAAUAGAAAAGGGAUAUGUUAAGAGAGAGGAGUUGUUUGUUACAACAAAAUUAUGGUCUACAGAUAAACAUAAAGAAGAUGUUAAACCAGCAUUUGAAGAAGGAUUAGUUAGGUCUAUUGGAGUAUCUAAUUUCAAUAUUAACAAGUUAAAAGAGUUAUUAAGUAUUGCUAAAAUCCAACCAGCAGUUAAUCAAUUUGAAUUCCAUGUUUAUUAUCAACGACCAAAAUUACAUCAAUUUUGUAAAGAGCAUAAUAUUCAUAUUACAGGAUAUUCCCCAUUAGGAAAUCCAGGAUAUGGUUCAACAGUACCAGCACCAUUUGAGAAUGAAGUUGUUAAGAGCAUUGCAAAAAAGCACAACAAGAAAGCAACACAAGUUUGUAUUAAAUUCACUAUUGCAAAUGGAAGUUCAGUGAUUCCUAAAUCAGUUCAUGAAGAAAGAAUCAAAGAAAAUGGAGACAUAUUUGACUUUGAACUUGACGAAGAUGAUAUGGAGAAAUUGAGAGAGUUAGAUAAGAACAUGAAGGUAUGUGAUGUUUCAUUUUAUUUAACCGAAGAAAGAAAAAGAAAAGAAUUUUGGGAUGAUGAAUAA